AUGUUUGGACUCACUGGGACCCCCUUUCAAAGAAUAUGGUGCUGCUUUGAACGGGCCAUGAUUAUUCACAAGGAACAAGGCCACAACAACGACGACGACAACAGUCGACUAUUGCUCGAUAUCGUCACAGUCGUAGAGGAUGGAACGGCUGUUGUCAUUACGGAUGGAAGAGCUCCACAUGUGGUGGCCGAUCUCCGGGAAGGACCCAAAUUUGCCCUCGAGUUGAAGAGAGAUCGCGAGCUAGGAUUCCCACUGGAACUGCUCGAACGAGCGUACGAAAUUGACAUUUGCGCGGCGACUGCCGCACGAGAAGAGGAUCGACGCAGAAUUCUCAAUACCAUUCAACGAACGGCGAGUAGCAAGAGUCUGUCGACUAUGGAUAGUAGUGAUGACAAUGACCACACAGCAACAACUCAGCCCAAAGGAAGCAACGAAGAAGACGACGAGCUCCCCAAUCUAAAAGACCCAGCGUUUUCGAGGGUCAACAAGGUACUGCGUGGGAUCUUUGCCGAGGCGGCAGCACGAAAAGCCGCCGAAGCGGGACGAAUUGAUACCGUCAUUCGAGUCCUACAGGAGGACACGGAACGGAUCCAACUCACGUUGAAUCUCGGCGGGUGCGCCCAUCUCGACCUGACGGGCCUAUCCAACCUUGCCGGUCAUGCAUCUCUACAGCAACUCACGGUAGACUGCAGCUACAGUGGUGUCACCAAUGUCACCAGCUUGGCCGACACACUCUCCUCCAUGCCCAGUCUCCGAAAACUCCAUUUUAGCUUUGAGUGGUGUACGAGCACGCUGGAGGAACGAGAAAUUGUCCAGCUUUCCGACCGUGGGUUGGCGUCGCUGAGUGCCACACUCGUGCGCCUGAGGCUCGACUUUACGGGUUGUGCAUUUGCCGUCUUUCUUCCCAAAAUUGAAAAGCUGCAAUACUUGGAAAGCUUGGUCAUCAGCUAUUGCUACACACCAACCGCGGCUAUUGCCAAAACACUGCUGGGAAUACUGCAGUUGAGAAAGCUGCGAGAAUUGGAAUUGAAUUUUCGGGCAUGUCAACAUGG